AUGAAUAUGUUGGAUGAUGAAGAUGAUCAAAGCUUUCACGCUACGCGUGACGGCUACUCCCAUUUGAGCGAUGUCGAAUGGGAUGCGGUUGAACUAAUGGGUUCAACCAUGGGCAUCCAUGCUGUUAGCGUCAUGCUAGAGGCUCUCAAUAGAGAUGCCCAACAUGCUACUAUCGCCAAGUUCAUUCAAAAUGAACUUGACGCCGAUCGCGAGAAAGUAGCCUUGCUUCACCAACAAGGUUCUCAACAAGCAGAGUUGUUGAGAGAACAGGGUGCUCAACAGUUUGAACUGUUGAGACAGCAGCAGGCUGCUGCUGGCGGGUCGAUGCACUUGCGUCGACCCGAAACCUUGAAGAUUGACAUCUCCAAGUAUAGGGGCGUCAAAGAGGACUCCCUCUUGAGAUGGUCCGUCGAAUUGUAUGACGCCAUAAGGGCGCGUCGCAUCGACGAUGGGGAAAUGCAAGUUGCAUUUGCUUAA